AUUUUCCAGCAACGUCUAUUCGUCGUCACGAGCAGUGAGAAAAGCGUCACAUUAUUUAUAUUGUCUGCAUUUUGCUAAAUCUGAUUUUAAUUGGUUCCUGCAGUUCUUGAGCAUUUCUUUUCUUUAUUUCACGAACCGUCUCAAAUUUGAUUUUCAACGCCCAUCUUCUGACUCGCCGAGAAUCUAACCUUUCGGCCGACAUCAUGUCUGCAUCAGUUCAGUCCGCAGAGACGAACUGGCUUGAGCAGUUGCAAGCUAUGCGUGCAGCUAUUGCCGAUCUUAAAUUGCCUGGCAAAGAGAACCUAGAUGGAGUCUCUUACGGAAGUGACAUUGAGAUUGAUGAUGAGGAGGGGAAUACAACCGAGUCAAGUGAAAAUGCCAGUGAUGGGAUCUGGGAUCUUAUCUAUGGCAGCGAGGACGAAGAUGCAGACAGUAGUGACUUUAGCGAUGGAGUAGAAGAUCAGUAUGCUACUGCUGAAACAGCUGGUACUGGAUAUGACCAUGCAUGGCUGAACAGGAAAUGUUUCGAAUUUGCUGCGCGAGGGCAAGGCCUUGAUGCCUCUGCGCUAGUUGAUCAAAUUCUAGCCGUCCUUGCAUCUGGUAGUUCUGAUGAGGAGCUGCAAAUGUCCCUUGCCGACAUCGUUGGAUAUGAUGACCUCGAUUUUGUCAUUGAUCUUAUAUCCCACCGAAAGGAUCUCAUCUCUUCAACUUUUGCUGAAGAUAAGCCCCAUAAAGGUACGUUGGGCCGCCUUCAGACAAAGCGUGAGAGGGAAGAAUCUCUCCGAAAGCAAGACUUUGAACACAAAACUGCCACUCUUGCUCCACAUAUGGACCGCGAGGGCCCUCAGUAUCCACAUGUAUACAAGUCCCAUGGUGCAGGAAACACGCUUUCAACGGGUGGUCGUAAAUAUGCUCUUCCUCACGGCAGCGAAAGAAAAGAAUACGAGAAAUAUGAAGAGUAUUCUAUUCCUGCAACAAGAACAGGCACUGUUGGCAAGAACCAAAGUCUAGUCGAAAUCGCCGGUCUCGAUGGACUUUGUCGAGGCACCUUUAAGGGUUACAAGACCUUGAACCGGAUGCAGAGCUUGGUUUAUCCAGUGGCGUAUAAAACAAAUGAGAAUAUGCUUAUUUGCGCUCCUACCGGUGCCGGUAAAACGGACGCUGCUAUGCUCACCAUUCUUAGUGCAGUCGCAAGAAAUUGUACCCCUAGUCCGUUCGACGAGCCUGAUGCCACCGAUAUCACAGUUCAAGUGGAUGAUUUUAAAAUAGUUUAUGUCGCUCCGAUGAAGGCACUAGCAGCCGAAAUCACGGAAAAGCUUGGGAAACGCCUUGCCUGGCUAAAUAUCAAAGUCCGAGAGCUUACAGGUGACAUGCAACUUACCAAGGCGGAGAUUGUGCAGACACAAAUUAUUGUGACUACUCCCGAAAAAUGGGAUGUGGUAACUAGAAAGAGUACUGGAGAUACUGAACUUGUACAAAAGGUGCGACUUCUUAUCAUCGACGAGGUCCACAUGUUGCAUGAUGAACGCGGUGCUGUGAUUGAGUCCUUGGUUGCUCGUACCCAGCGACAGGUCGAAAGCACUCAAUCACUAAUUCGAAUUGUUGGAUUGUCUGCCACCUUGCCAAAUUAUAUCGAUGUCGCGGAUUUUCUCAAAGUUAAUCGUUACGCUGGGCUCUUCUAUUUCGAUGCAUCUUUCCGUCCUGUGCCUCUGGAGCAGCACUUCGUGGGUGUCCGAGGAAAGCCAAAUACUAAAACAUCCAAAGAGAAUUUGGAGAUUGUCAGCUUCGAAAAGGUAAAGGAGAUGCUUGAACUUGGUCACCAGGUCAUGGUCUUUGUUCAUUCUCGGAAAGACACAGUCCAGACUGCUAGAACUCUUUAUCAAAUGGCUGGAGACCAAGCAUGUACCGAUUUAUUUGACCCAUCGGAUCAUCCGCGGUACGAAAUGGCAGUCAAGGACAUGAAAAACUCAAAGGGAAGGGAGCUUCGAGACUUGUUGCCUAAAGGUAUAGGUACUCAUCAUGCGGGAAUGGCGCGAACAGAUCGGAAUUUGAUUGAACGAUUAUUCACCGAGGGUGUGCUAAAAGUCCUUUGCUGUACUGCGACACUCGCAUGGGGUGUCAAUCUGCCCGCCGCUGCCGUCGUCAUUAAAGGUACCCAGCUGUACAGUGCACAGGAGGGUAAAUUCGUUGACGUUGGGAUCCUUGAUGUCCUCCAGAUUUUUGGCCGCGCUGGUCGCCCUCAGUUCCAGGAAACUGGUAUUGGAUACAUCUGCACAACGCAUGACAAGCUAACGCAUUACUUGUCUGCUGUCACGCAACAAUUGCCCAUAGAGUCCAAAUUUUCGACGAAGUUGGUAGAUAAUCUCAACGCUGAGAUUUCUCUGGGCACUGUUACUUCCAUUGCCGAAGCCGUCCAGUGGAUCGGCUACUCCUAUCUUUUCGUUCGAAUGCAACGGAACCCGAUGAGCUAUGGAAUCGAUUGGGCUGAGAUCCGAGAUGAUCCCAUGCUGGUCCAAAGAAGGCGAGAGCUGGCCAUUAAGGCGGCGCGAGUGCUGCAGCAGAGCCAGAUGAUCAUUUUCAAUGAAGUGACUGAAGAGCUGAGGGCCAAGGACGUUGGACGAAUUGCUAGCCAGUAUUACAUCCUACAGACCAGCGUUGAGAUUUUCAACACCAUGAUGCGUCCAAAGGCCACAGAGGCUGAUAUCCUGAAGAUGCUCAGUAUGAGUGGAGAGUUUGACAAUAUUCAAUCUCGGGAUACUGAAUCCAAGGAGCUCUCCCGAUUGAGAGAGGAAGCUGUAGUCUGUCAGGUGGAUGCAGGAAAUGAUCAACCACAUGCAAAGACCAACAUCUUGCUCCAGUCAUACAUCUCGAGAGCGCGCCUCGAGGACUUUGCCCUAGUUUCGGAUUCAGCUUAUGUGGCUCAAAAUGCAGCAAGAAUCUGCCGAGCUUUGUUUAUGAUUGCUCUUAACAGAGGCUGGGGCCAUCAAUGUCUCUCUUUACUCUCCCUGUGCAAGUCUAUCGAGAAACAAAUAUGGCCAUUUGAGCAUCCCUUUCAUCAAUUUGAUCUUCCCCAGCCAAUCCUUAGGAACCUGGAUGAAAAGGAUGGAAUCACAUCAAUUGAAGCACUGCGGGAUAUGGAGCCAGCUGAAAUCGGCCAACUUGUCCACAACCAAAAGAUGGGUAAUACCAUUUCCAAGCUUUUGGACAAUUUCCCCACUCUGAGCAUUGACGCUGAGAUUGCCCCGCUGAAUCGUGACGUCCUGCGGAUCAAGCUCUAUAUCACGCCAGACUUUAGAUGGAACGAUCGGCAUCAUGGAACCACAGAAUCCUACUGGAUUUGGGUUGAGAACUCGGAAACCUCUGAGAUAUAUCACCAUGAGUUCUUCUUGCUAAGUCGGAAGAAAUUAUACGAUGACCACGAAUUGAAUUUCACUAUUCCGCUGUCUGACCCGCUGCCCACGCAAAUAUACGUGCGAGCAGUUUCAGAUCGUUGGCUCGGUGCCGAGACAGUAACUCCUGUGUCUUUCCAACAUCUAAUCCGUCCGGACACGGAAAGCGUCUAUACUGAUCUGUUGGAUUUACAACCUCUGCCAGUCUCAGCAUUGAAGAAUCCCUUGUUGGAAGAGAUAUACAGCAAGCGUUUCCAAUUCUUUAAUCCGAUGCAGACUCAGAUCUUCCACACCAUGUACCAUACGCCUGCUAACGUUCUUCUGGGAUCGCCAACGGGAAGUGGUAAGACAAUUGCUGCGGAAUUGGCAAUGUGGUGGGCUUUUCGCGAGAAGCCUGGCUCAAAAGUCGUCUAUAUUGCUCCGAUGAAGGCGCUCGUUCGUGAGCGUGUGCAGGACUGGGGUGGUCGUUUGACCGAACACAUGGGGUUGAAACUCGUUGAAUUGACUGGAGAUAACACUCCGGACACUCGAACGAUUCGUGACGCAGAUAUCAUCAUUACCACUCCCGAAAAAUGGGACGGUAUCAGUCGAAGCUGGCAAACCCGUGACUAUGUCAGGAAGGUUAGCCUUGUUAUUAUCGAUGAAAUCCAUCUUCUUGGCGGCGAUCGGGGUCCGAUUCUGGAAAUCAUCGUUUCUCGUAUGAACUACAUUGCUUCCCAAAAGAAGGGUGCUGUACGCAUCGUUGGCAUGUCUACUGCAUGUGCGAACGCAAUGGACCUUGGAAACUGGCUUGGCGUCAAGGAAGGCUUGUUUAACUUCCGCCACUCAGUCCGACCGGUACCUCUGGAGAUCUUUAUUGACGGAUUCCCUGAUCAACGUGGUUUCUGCCCUUUUAUGCAAAGCAUGAAUCGGCCUACUUUCCUUGCUAUCAAGACACAUUCGCCUGAGAAACCCGUCAUUGUGUUCGUCGCUUCCCGUCGACAAACGCGGCUUACCGCAAAGGACCUGAUCAACUUUUGUGGAAUGGAAGACAAUCCUCGGCGUUUCGUGCGCAUGUCGGAAGAGGACCUUCAACUCAAUCUUGCUAGGGUCAAGGACGAAGCAUUGAAAGAGGCCCUUGGAUUUGGCAUUGGACUCCAUCAUGCUGGUUUGGUCGAGUCUGACAGACUUCUCGCCGAAGAGCUCUUCGCGAAUAACAAGAUCCAAAUACUGGUGGCCACCAGUACGCUUGCAUGGGGUGUUAACCUUCCAGCUCACCUUGUCGUGGUCAAGGGAACUCAAUUCUUCGACGCUAAGAUUGAAGCCUACAAAGAUAUGGACCUGACAGACGUCUUGCAGAUGUUGGGACGUGCUGGUCGACCACAAUUCGAUUCUUCAGGAAUUGCAAGAAUCUUUACCCAGGAUUCGAAGAAAGCCUUCUACAAGCAUUUCUUGCAUACGGGUUUCCCUGUCGAAUCAACUCUGCACAAGGUCUUGGACAACCAUUUGGGCGCCGAGAUCUCGUCUGGUACUAUUGUAACGAAGCAAGAUGCACUCGAUUAUCUUACCUGGACGUUCUUCUUCCGCCGUCUGCACAAGAACCCCUCAUACUACGGGCUUGAGAUCUCUUCUGAAGAGCAUAAUACCAUGGCUGCGCAAUCCCUGGCAAAUGAUUACAUGAUUGAUAUGGUGGAUACCUCUCUUUCUGAACUGGCUGAUUCGGGAUGUCUGCUGGCGCAUUCGAAUGGCGACGUGGAUCCUACCCCACUCGGCAAAAUCAUGAGUUACUAUUAUCUCUCGCACAAGACCAUUCGACAUCUGAUUCGCCAUGCUAAACGCAACGCUACCUUUGAGGACGUGCUCUCAUGGAUGUGCUGCGCAACUGAGUUUGACGAGCUACCGGUCCGUCAUAACGAAGACCUCAUCAAUGCAGAAUUGUCUGCCAACCUGCCACUCAAGGGUGAGGCCCUCGGCCUACCCAUGUGGGAUCCGCACGUCAAGGCACAUCUUCUUCUCCAGGCAUUCAUGUCUCGCAUUGAUCUGCCCAUCUCGGAUUACGUCGGUGAUCAAAACUCGGUGCUGGACCAGAGCAUCCGUAUCAUCCAAGCCUCGAUUGACGUUUUGACCGAAAUGGGAUUCCUCUCGAGCUGUAUUAUGAUGAUCACUCUUCUUCAAUGCAUCAAAUCCGCUCGCUGGCCAACUGACGGACCCUUAUCUAUCUUCCCCGGGGUAGACCUAGAAAAGGAGAACAGCCGUAUUGCAAAUCCUGCCACGACCUCCCUUAGGACUCUUGUGGAAGUCACAUCGGCCGUUUCAUCCUCUCCCCACCCCGUCUCUGCCGCUGCUCCUACGGCCAACACAGGAAACAAAGCAAGAAAAGACUUUUUACCCCUGGAUACCGCUUUCAAGGUGCUCGAUGUCCCGCAUUCCGCUCGAAACCAGUUCCGACGCGUCGCUUCCAUUCUUCCCAAUAUCAAAGUCCAACCCGGUAGCAUCAACCCGCCGAAACUUGACCUUGCCAUCAUUCUCACUCGCCUGAACGGCAUUGUGCCAUCUGGUUCGUCAUCAAACAGCCCGACCGGAGCCGGCGAAUACCGUAUCUGGGCACCGCGAUUCCCCAAACCCCAGACUGAAGGUUUCUUCAUUAUCGUAGCCGAUUCGGCAAACGACGACAUCCUAGCUCUCAAGAGAGCGAAUUGGCCACCUGUGGAGAAGACCCUGGAGAGAGCGUCUCAGGGUAGAAACAACACCUAUACCAAUAGUAGCGUCAGCACGAAUAACACUGCCGCGGAUACACAAGAACCAAAUGGCAGUACAGCCACCGGUAAACCCAAGGAUAAGGGUAAAGGCAGGGCGAAACCCACACCGCCCAAACCCACGGUCCGCUCGGUCCUCAAAUUGCCCGAGUCCGCGGCCGGCAAGACGGUCGAUAUUUUCGUCAUAAGCGAUUCGUAUAUCAAUAUGACUUGGAAGAUUGAAGGCGUGGAGAUCCCCAACCUGCCUGUUGAGCCGGCUAUUGUGGAGGUCCAAGGGGACGAUGUAGCAAAGGGGAAAGAGAAGGGACAGUGGCAGUGAACGUUGUAGGAAUUGAUCACGGUUGUUGAUAGUGAUAGUAGUGACUGUGAUAGUUUGAGCCUACUUUUUUGUUUCUUCUCUGUCUAGGCUGAAAGCUUGUAGACGUGACAUACGAUAUAAUCUAUAGAUGAGUUUCCGAUAAGACAUGUACGGCAAACAAGCACGGGCAAAAAUAUUUGGUCUAUUCUAUUGAUUGAAAUUGUAGAUAUAAGUUCCAGACAUGUGGGG